AUGCGGCCGCGAUCGGAGUCUCCCGCCGAGCUGGUCGAAGAUUCUGAACCCGAGCGAGCCAGGCCUGGUUUUGCAUCGGACGAGGAAGAUGCUCCCAUAACAUUACGUUCGGUCCAGCUAGAUCUGACUGCAUCCGCUACGUCGGCCGAGCCGAAAGAGCCCGUGCCUUCUACUUCGACGAGUGUGCCCAAGGUUCUUGGACGAUGGAUCCCACCUUGGGAGCGUCAACGCGCUGCCCCUUUGGCCUCGACCUCGAGUCAUGUGAGGAAGUUAUCGAUCGAGUCGAAUUCGUCUUCAGCUUCUUCCUCUAUGAAGAGACCGUACUCGACCUCGAUUAAUCGCGCCGACGUAUCGAUCUCCUCUUCCAAGACGGACAAAAAGAAAGUGAAGAUCCACCAAUCCGCCGCCGACCUAUUGAGCGAAAGCGCGAGUGGCUCCGAUCAUUCUCCACAGAAGGCAAAAGAGAUGAUCCUCAAACCGACCAAGCGGGUGCCGAACAAACUCAAGAACAAGGGCAAGGAGCGCAUGAUCGCACCCCCUUCACCCGUCCCCUCGAGCCCCAGUUCAGCUUUGGACGUGAUGAUGGAUUCGAGCAUUGAGGUUUAUGAUCUCCGAUCCGACACUUCAGAAAGCGACCGGAAAUCCGAUUCGGACGGCGAUCUUGAUCCGCCCGUUGGUUCACGACUCCAGCUGAAUCGCUUCAAGUACGAAAAACCAACCGAAGACGACACAUUGGCGUUGAAACGAAGAAAGAAGAAAGUCCUUCUACUUCCCUCGGCUGAGCCAGUCGUCUUACCCUCACGUGCUCGAGUCCGCCUACUCGAUCGAUGUCCUCUCUGCGAUCUGUACUUCUCCACAAGUCGUUCUGCGGAAUGGAAGGAAGGGCAUCUACGAGCGUGUGCCUUGACCAAGGAUUACACAUCCGAAACCGUGCGUGUCCGCGUCGAACAGCAGAUUCUCGAUCUCGCUGCCGAAGCGGAAUCGAGGCGACUCGAUCCAUCGCGAACAUUGUUCGAUCGGAUGGUCGGCAAGGGGGAGGGCGCGAAUGCUCAUAUUCGAGUAGUCACAGUUGUGGGGGUCGAGGUGGGAGACGGUGCCGAAUGGACCAGGGAGGGUAAAGAGAUUGGGAAGAUGCAGACCGAGUUGGAGAAGGGAAUGAGGAAACCGACGAGGGAUAAGGUCAUUCGAGAAGCUGCUGAGAUUCGUCGAGAGGGGUGGGAGAGGGAGCGGAGAAGGGGUGAAGAAGAGGCGAAGAAGGAAUGGGGGCAAGCUCAGACGCCCAGGGCGACCGGGGUCCUCAAACCUGAAUCGGCGAGUUCAAGGCAAGUAUUCGCUGGUCGUAUUGAAGGUGCCUUGGGCGCUCUCGGUGGGUCGGGCCUGACGCAGGCGCCAUCGAAGAGGCGUGAAAGUCAAAGCGACGAGGAGGGCGACGUCUUCCUCGUCGACGAUUCGCUCGAUGCGGAUCAAAUGAUGGAGCCGCCAUCCACUCAGCUCUUUGCUCCAUCUGCCCUCGUCGAAAAUUGCGCCGAAACGAACGAGAUCCAAGCCGUCGCAAUACCUUCGAAGCUUGUGCCCAAAACCAAGCGUCGAGCGCGGAGCAAGGCGUCCAAAUGUUCUGAUUUCAAUUCCGACACGGAUGAGGAGAGGUUCACUCGAUCCCUGUGGUCCGCUGCGGCUGGGCACGACGACGAAAUUAUCCAAGAGGUUGUGGUGAGUGAUCAUCCUUCCUUCCGGCGUGAAGUGGUAGACUUUCCGAGGCGCCUGCAGAAAGACUGACCUGAAUCCAAGUUACCGCCCCCAACUCGUACCCGCCUUUCCACCCACACCGUCUCCCCUCCCUCGUCCCCUAGCUCGCUGCUCCUCCUCUCUACGCCCGAACACGAUCGUCUGACUCCGCAUCGACGUCGCGUGGAGGUGCAAGUGGAUACACCGAGCACUAUGGACGGUUCGCCGACUCGGGGACUCAGGUCAUCGAUGACUGCGCUUGGUUUGGGCGGAGAUGAUGAUGUUGCUGCUGCGAGUGGCAGCGGAGGGCCGGAUCGGCCUUCACGGCGCUCGGUUACGGAUGAGAUGGUGAUUGAUGACGAUGACGAUGCAAAGAGCGAUUCGGCAUCGGACCUUGGCGAAGGUGCUUGGGAAGACGAGAUUUACAACGACGGGGUGAUGAUGUGGGAUGGUCGAGAAGAGAUUGGGACACUCGCCGUGUCAGAUGAUGGGUCGUCGUCGAGUGAAGAGGAGCCUCUUGCUGCUGUGGCGAAGAGGUCGGCUACGAAAUCGACGGGGAGGAAAGUUGGACGACCUCGAAAGGCCUCGACUCCUACCUCUAUCUCCUCUCCUUCGCCCGCCUCGUCCGAUCCUGACGAAGUCACCGUUUACGACUCGGUCAAUCCGCCUCCUGGAUGCCCAGACUAUUCGAGCCAGCCACUGGAAACACUUCGACGACAAGUCAAAGGAUUCGGCUUCCGCGUCUCAAAGGAGAAGAGCGUGCUGGUCGACCAACUCGUCAAAGUAUGGGUCGCGAUGCAUCCUGCUGAACCGCCCACGAAGUCGCCCAGAGUGAAGAAACCCAAAGCCGCUGCUGCGAAGAAGACCAAGAAGAAGAAGGACGAGGCAGCCGACGCUUCGGAAGAAGAAGUGGUCGACGAACGCAGUUUGAACGCCAAGUUGCGCGAAUCCGUCCUGGCGAACGAAGCGAUCUAUCUCAAAGUUCUCAGAUAUGAGGUGCGCAUCGGAGUUUUGAUCCCAGCAUUGAUGCUUCGGAGCCAUCGCUGAUGUUGUAUGCGUCACCGACGAGCACAGCCCAUCUUCUUCGAUGAUAUCGUUGCGCUCGCGACCGGGAGCAAGAUCAAGGUUGCGAAAGCGGUCUUGGCGAAAUGGUUGGACGAUCAGGUGCGUGAUUACUGCCUUGACGGUUUGGAUCGUAUGAACUCACUCUCGGAUUACUCGAUUUGAUUGGACAGUGCAUCACGUUCUACACCCAAGAUCCAACGAACGGUUCGAGGCGAAGGUACAAGUGA